UUGAGAGCAAGGAAGCGGAUACGUUUGAUAUAUUUACGGUUCUGGGGAAUGACUACUGCGUUCAGCAGUACCGAUCAGCUGCCAAGGAGUCCUCAGCCUGGCCCCGCACCAAACAUCCAAAGACUACAGCCACACCCACUGCAACGAAGACCGCGAUCAGGAUGAAGGAAAAGGCUUCGAUCGGGGAGCGCUUUCCGUGGCGACCAGAUGUUUCCGACGACCGUGAACAUCUUUGUGAUCGAUGCAGCGCACUGAACCUGGGAUCCUACUCUGAUGUACAGGAAGAGAAGGAAAGAGGAACGAUCGCUUUCAUCGAGAAAGCGUCGAUGCGGAGAGGCUGUAAGCUAUGUAAGCAAUUUGGUUGCAUCUUCGCAGCGCUCGAGUCCAUUCGUAAAGAAAGUUCCGGUCACAGCUCAUUUACGCUCGACUAUCGGCGCCUCCGAACUGAGCGAUGGAACGACUUCUACAUUCGCGUGCGUUUCAUGGAAUUUAGUAAGAUUUUCGACUUCGACUUCGACUUCUACCCAACAACGCCACUUGAUCUGGAAGAUUCCUGGAUACCCAUCGUCAAAACUAUGACAUCGAAUACUUCAAACCUUGAUCUUGCUCAGCGGUGGCUGAGAAUCUGCCAGUCUUCUCAUGCACGCUGUCAGCGUCUGCAAGCCCGAUGCGAGAUAUUACGAGUUAUCGAUUGCAGAGAGAAGACGUUGCGCCUCAUUGACUCUUCAGAGCCGUACGCCUGUCUGAGCUAUGUUUGGGGCGACCACCCCACGGGUGAGAAGGGAGACUGGACCUCGACUUUGCGCCGUGCACCGCGAACCAUACAAGAUGCGAUGUCAGUAACUUUGAGCCUUGGUAUCGCAUAUCUAUGGGUUGAUCGAUACUGUAUCGAUCAGGACAAUCCAGAGGAAAAGCAUGAAAUUAUACGCAGUAUGGACUUGAUAUACCAGGGCGCUGAGAUCACGAUCGUAGCCCCUACGGGUCCAGAUCCUCACUAUGGCCUUCCUGGGGUUGAUGCAACACCAAGGCGCUGCCAGUUGAGCCUUGCUGUUGGAAAGCACACAUUUGUAUCCACAGAAAAUAUGCGAGAGCAAAUCCAUGCUGCAGUAUGGAGCAGCCGAGGUUGGACAUAUCAAGAGAUGCUGAUGUCGCGCCGACGUAUAGUUUUUACCGACUCACAGAUGUACUUUCAAUGUGCAAGUGCAGUUUGGUUGGAGUCGCUUGAUUUGGCUGCGACAGAUCCCCAAUCUCAGUUAUACGAGCAAUUCCGCGUCUUCCCGACCUUCGAAGCCAACAACGGUUUCGACGAGAUUCAGAACCGCCUGAAAGAGUACUAUCAGCGACGUCUGUCAUUCAAAACAGAUGCAAUCCACGCUUUCUCUGGUAUCUGCAAUGCGCAUGUGACGGACGCCGGGCCAGUUGCACUCACUCACUUCUAUGGAGUUCCCAUAGUGUUUCCGGACACUUGCCACCAAAUAGCCCAGACGACAUUCAUUGAGGCGCUGAACUGGAGAAUUUUGCAUCGAGACUCCGUACUGGAGCCCUUGAUGUUUCCUCUGAUAUUUCCAUCAUGGUCCUGGGCUUCCGUGAAGGCGCGGUCCUCAAGCAAUAGUAACGAGGGUGAAUACAUCAAGCCGUAUCACUUCUGCACAGACCAAGCCGACCUCCGAAUCAGUCUCCAAUCGAAACGUGGCUACCAAGUCGAACUUGGCAAGAUUUUGGCAGGACAUGUCAGAACGGAGUACACAAGCUUUGAGCCGGUACUAUGCAUUACCGGCUACGUUUUGAGAGGUUGUUUCACUCGCGUCGUAUCCGGGGCUGCUGGGGCGGGAGGCUUGCAGCUCGAUAGCAGAGACGUUCAUGACUUUAGCAAUGUCGUAGCCUUGCUGCUGGGUGUUACACGUGAACCAUCGAUAGGGAGAUCACAUGGUCUUGCAAAACGGUAUAAGUUCCAUUGUCUCCUGAUAGAGCGGUUAACGCCGCAGCAAUUGUUGCAUUCGAAGUGCAGCUCGAAUGGACAAAGCGGCUUUCGACGCAUAGGCGUGUGGACUCCACCCAUAUUGCCGAGUGCUGUUGGUGGUGAUGAUUUUGCUACAUCAGAGUCCAUAAGAGCCCUCUUGAUCGACAGAAUGUCUGAUGAAAAGGGCGCAUGGACCUGGUCGCGAGAGACGCUCAGCCUUUUCUAGCUGCAUUUACGUUCAUCCUGAUGAUGCUCCCAUCCUCGUGCAAAAUGAACGUUAAGGCCUAUGCUUCGGCGCCAUCUAUCUCUCCCUUCGACUCAGCGGCCGACUACUGUGCAGCAGCCCUCGCAUACUUC